AUGACGCUGGAUUUUGGACAAUGUGUAACGACGAGCUCAGGCGACCAAGUGAAGGACAAUUCCACGUUUUACACAGAGGAACUAGCCGAAGAACAAGAACAGAUCAUCAUGGAGAAAGUUUACAGCGAAGCCUUGUAUGCCGUAAUGCACCGUGUCGGCCGAACAGAAUACAGGAAGGAGGACUUAUAUUUUUUCCUGAAAGAUGCCUUCGCACUCGAGGACGACAAGCAUUACGAAUUGCUUCAGAGCGUCGGACAGGAAGAGAAGCCACAGACGUGCGUGGAAGUCUUCGUGGAACGUGCGGAGAAUCUGAUUGCGAAAGACGUGAAUGGUUUCAGCGAUCCCUAUUGUAUGCUGGGCAUACAAUUGGGUGCUGGCGGCUAUGAGGGGACCUGUGACAUGAACAACAUAGAAGCUACCCAAGUUAUGACCACGAAAGUACAGCACGCGAAUCUGAAUCCUGUCUGGAACGAGAAAUUCAUCCUAGAUGUCAAAGACGUUCUUUCGGACUUGUUCCACUUGGAUAUAUGGGACGAAGAUAUCGAGAAGGGAAAUUUGAUCGAAGCCGCUUCUAAAGUGACCGACGUCAGCUCAAUCAAGGGUCUGGGUCGAUUUUUUAAGCAAAUUGCUGAGUCCACGAAGGGAAGCGACGCACAAGAUGAUUUUCUCGGCUGUGUAACGAUCCCUCUGAAGGAAGUUCCUGGAUCGGGGAUAAACGAGUGGCUCCAGUUGACUUCUCGCUUCAGUAAGGGUUCAACGAUAAGAGGUCGGAUCAAGCUGGAGCUGACUAUACGCUGCAGGAAGCGGCGCGGAAAGGAUGUUUCACAGGAAAGCGACUCGCCGUCAGCGGUUCGCACUUACGAGACGCUGUUGACAAUCUUCGCUGAACAGCAGUUGCAACACGCUCAGACCUCUGAGAAAUGGUCGGGCUUCAUACCGCCGCAAGCUACCGCUAUCCUAGACCAAAUAGCCGUACAAGGGAAUCUAAGUCCUCUGCAGCGCAGCGUGUCACAAUGGACUGUCUACGUGAAUAUCAAUAACACCGCACAGCUGGAUUACAAACUCAUCCUCAGCUACCUCAGCGAUCUCAACACUCAAUGGCUGAAGGUCAACGAUUUCUCCCCCAAUCAGGUCAGAGCCGUGGAAGAGGCUACCGACUGCUUCGUCUCGCACAGCCUGAGACUCUUGAGGAAACAUUGCGAGAUUUGGCCAUCAGGGACUUUCGAGGGACAGGCGAACAUGAACGGCCUUCUGAAAUGCCUGGGUCUUAUCAGGAGAAUGUCUGCCUUUCGUCAAACCGACAACGAUAAGCAACGUAGACUGCAGGAGGACAUCGAACUCGCACUCACCGAGGGAGCUCAAUCCUGGCUCAAGGCUCAAAUAGCAGCCAGGGAGCCCAUGACCUUCGACACGGACGCUUCGAUCCAGGGGUACAUUGAAGUGCUUCGAGACGUCUCGCAAGAGCUGCGUCUGGGACAGAAAUACUACCACGACAGAUUUUCCGGCGAACUCGGAGUUCCGUACACAAACCUCAUCUACAGGAGCUACGAGCUCGAACUCGAAGAAGAGCUGGCGGGAGAAAUUAAGGACCUCGUCAGCAAGAUGGACAGCGAUGCGGCUUGGGCAACUCACGGCCCUGAUCCCAAGAGAGCGCAGGACAAGAGCAUGCGAGCCGGGACGCGACUUUACGAGCUCUACAUCGCAAUCCAGGAUUUCGUUAUGUUUCGUCGAUCAUUCGAAAACUACAAGCCCGCCAAAGAGGAAUUGACGCUGCAUCAGUUUCACUUGUGGUUUUCGGAAGCGGUGCAGAACUGGUUCCUGAUGGCGAAGGUUAAGUCGAAAGGCAUCAUCACGAAUGCCGUAGACGUCGACGCUGAGGAGAAUAAGUUCAAAGCUCUGGACCAGGUGAAGCACAGUGCGUCCGCCGUCGACGUAGCUGGCUGCAUCAAACAGAUCAAAUUGUUCUGGAAAGAGCUCGAUUGGCCCGACAAGGCUCAAUCUUACCCCCUGAUAAUAAAAAUUCUCGAGGCUAUAUGCGACUGUGCUCUACACUACGUCGGCCUUUGUCAUUCAAAGCUCGACUCGGCAGGAUACUUCGACUUCGAAGGGCAGUUCGACGUCGCCAGCGAGGUUUGCGUGAUUCUCUCGAAUAUCGAGUUCGUCCGGGACUACAUCCUGACCUUGAGUAAAGAUCUUCAUGUGCAAGAUGUUCUCGAUGCCAUCACUGAAGUCGAGGGCGAAAGCACCGCUGUGCAGUGCCGAACCGCAAUCGAGGCCAUGAUUGAAUCAACCGAUGAUGACGUCGUCAACAAAACUCUCUUCAUUCUCAAAGGCCUCGGCGAGAAAAUCCGACCGGAAAUUCGCAAGUGCAUGAAUCACGUCGCAUCCGAGCCGCAGAAGCGAACCGUCGAGGAAUCGCUCGAGCCGCUAUACGAGUACCUCGAACAGAAUCUGGCUAUGACCUACAACCAGUUGGAGCACGUGAAUUUCUAUCGAUUCAGCCAGAGAAUCUGGUCGGUGAUCAUCGAGGAACUCCGCAACCUAGCAUGGCAACACCGAGGUGGUAAGCAGGAAUUUUUCGAGAGGCUGAACGAAGCUUCGGACAAAAUCGGGACGUACAUGCACGCUUCCGGGAACGGUCUCACGCUCCAACACGUCAAGUCGGAGGAAUUCGAGCAACUGAAAGCCCAACUGACACGGAUGUUGACGCCAUCGCGACUUCUCAUAUCGGAUUAUUUCGCUGCCCGAAUAGCGAAACAGAACGAUCGCAUUGAAGCCAUCACACCUGGAGCUCAUCAAUAUGGAUUUCUGGCUGUGAAAGCGGCUCUGAUGUCCGACUCGAAGGAGAUCUAUGUCCACGUUCUUCGGGCUAGAGAUCUUCGCAGCAUGGACUCGAAUGGGUCGAGCGACCCGUAUGUGAAAGUCGAGCUGGUACCGCGACACGUCUUCAUGGAGACUCCUUCCUAUAAAACGAAAGUGGUCAAGAAGACCACUAAUCCGGUUUGGGGAGAAGAAUUCGUCUUUAAAUUGGAGGACGGUGUAGCUCCGAAAGACUUCGAUCCGGCGAUGUGUAUCCGAUUCACGGUGAUGGACCACGACUUGGUCGGAGCGAAUGAUUUCGAGGGCGAGUGCUUCCUGGGUCUCCGAGACUUACCCGUCAUCGAUUCGAGCGGCUUCGUUCAAUUGAAUUCGAUUGAUAUAAUUGACAUGCCACUGACGCAGCCAGAGGAAAAAGACGAGUUCCUGGGAAUUCUAGAGAAACGCAAAUGGGAUUCCGAAGCGGUGAAAUUCUCCGGGGAGCAACGUAAAAAGCAGAUGUAA